UUAAGUUCACAUACGAAUUUGGCUCAUUUCCAACCAAACACACUCCCAAUUCCCAGCACCUUUUUUUCCAACAUUAUAUCACAUCCAACAUGGCGCUCGUUUUCGGCGUGGAGAAGAAGACGGUGCCCACCUACAUGAAGUACGUGAUGGGCGGAACCUCGGGGAUGCUGGCCACCUGCCUGGUGCAGCCAAUGGACCUGCUCAAGACCCGAAUGCAGAUCUCGGGAACUUUGGGAACUCGUGAAUACAAGAGUUCCUUUGAGGUUCUAUCGAAGGUGAUGAAGAACGAAGGCACUCUGUCCCUAUAUAAUGGAUUAAGUGCCGGGCUGAUGAGACAGGCCACCUACACAACGGCUAAGAUGGGAGUUUAUCAGAUGGAAUUGGACUGGUACCGCAAGAACUACGAGACGGAUCCCUCUUUGGUGGCCAGCAUGUCGAUGGGAAUUGUGGCUGGUGCCUUUGGAGCCAUGUUUGGAAAUCCCGCUGAGGUUGCGCUCAUCCGAAUGAUGGCCGAUAACCGAUUGAUGCCGGAGGACAGGCGGAACUACAAGAAUGUGGGCGACGCCUUUGUGAGGAUCGUGAAGGAUGAGGGAGUGAUGGCUCUCUGGCGAGGAUGUUUGCCCACCGUGGGUCGUGCUAUGGUCAUUAAUAUGGUACAGCUGGCCUCGUACUCCCUGAUGAAGGACCAACUUCGUGGGUAUCUCAACGAAGGGAUACCCCUUCAUCUGAGUGCCGCCAUGAUGUCGGGACUUUUGACCACCAUGGCCUCUUUACCACUGGACAUGGCCAAAACACGCAUCCAGCAGAUGAAAGUGAUUGAUGGAAAGCCGGAUUACAGUGGCACCAUCGAUGUCCUGAAGAAGGUGCUGAAGAAUGAGGGAGCUUUGGCCAUGUGGAAGGGUUUUGCACCCUAUCUAAUUCGCAUGGGUCCACACACUAUCUUUUCGUUUGUCUUCCUGGAGCAAAUGAACAAGGCCUACAACAAGCAUGUGAUUGGGGAUUCACCAUCCGAUGAGGCACCUAAGAAACCUUAGCUAGAAUAUAUGCAAUAUGUAGAAUAUCUUUUUCAUCCCCACCACAAAUUGAAAUUGAUUCGAUAUAUCUGUGAAAAACGUGCAGUUCAGUAAAAUAAGCAUUCCUAUAUUAUAUACAAAAAAUAGGGUUUAUUUAGAUGUCUAAUAAAAUAAUGGCUUGCUUAAUUUAAUUUGAA